UUACCUCUCGUGAGCUCGCCAUGAACAUCAUGGGGGACAAAAUCAUAUUCGUUUUACCACUAAUAUUUUGUCUAAUACACAAUGGCAGUGGUUUAUCGAGGAUUGACCCCCUCGUGGAUUCGAAAGUAGGCCUAAUUCGUGGCUUGAGAGCUACCGACGGUGAUUAUUCCAUGUUUAUGGGCAUCCCUUACGCAACUGUGAACGAAAGUAAUCCUUUUGGGCCUUCUACCCCACAUCCCGGCUUUGACGACGUUUUUGAAGCUUACGAUGAUUCAGCCAUAUGUCCUCAAAUCGAAGAAUUCCACAACACUGUAGUAGGAUCAGUGGACUGCCUUCAUCUAAACAUUUAUGCGCCAAACUCAGCUAAUUCUAGAAACAGAUUACCUGUCCUAGUAUGGAUCUAUGGUGGUGGAUUUUCCAUUGGAUUCUCAGGCAGAUUCCUAUACGGGCCACAAUUUUUUGUUGAAAAAGAAGUCAUUCUAGUAACAUUGAAUUAUCGUUUGGGUCCCUACGGAUUCAUGUGUCUUGACACUCCUGACGUGCCUGGAAACCAAGGUCUGAAAGAUCAGCAAUUGGCCUUGAAAUGGAUCAAAGACAACAUAGAAGCGUUUGGUGGUGAUUCUAAUCAAAUAACAAUUAUGGGUGAGAGCGCCGGAGGAGCAUCGGUUGACUUUCAUUUACUAUACAGCCAGGAAAAAUUAUUCGACAAAGUAAUCUUACAGAGCGGUGCUGCAUUAAGUCCCUGGGCUAUUGCAGAACCAGACACAUCUGCACCUCUCAAGUUGUCAGAACACCUCGGUUUUGCUACAAAGGACAUACAAGAAGCUUUAGAUUUUCUGGCGUCAGUCGACACGAAUUUAAUAAUUGCAUCGAUUCCAGAACUUGGCUUGGAAUUUCGUCCUUGUAAGGAAAACGACUUUGAAAAUGUUGAAAAGUUCAUCCAUGACUAUCCGCUUAACAUCAAGAAGCCAAGUAUUGCAAACGUUCCGAUUCUUACAGGAUAUAACACCUAUGAAUCUCUCUAUAUUUACGAUAAAUUGUCAGAAGAAGAAUUUGAAAACCUUAACGUGUUCCAUGACUUUUUAAUCAAAUACUUUAACCUUGACGAUGAAGAUCUUAUUGAAAUGGAACAAUAUGUGAGAAAUUUCUAUAUUGGAGAUGAAAAAAUUACCAAAGCAGUUGAAGAUGGCAUCAUUAAAUUCCACUCAGAUUUGUUCUUUACUUACCCUGUGGUCAGAACUAUUCAAAAAUACCUUGACAAUGGAGUCAAAAAUAUAUAUUUCUACUUGUUUUCCUAUGAGGGUGAAAGGAACUUUGUUAAAAACAAACAGAACAUUACUACGGCAGGAGCAUCACAUGCAGAUGAACUAGGAUAUUUGUUUGAUAUCUCGUACAUGGGUGAGCCCAAUUCUGAUGAUCAACUUAUUGUCGACCGCAUUACGACGUUGUGGUCCAACUUUGUUAAAUACGGAAACCCUACUCCUGAAACCAGUGAACUAUUGCCCGUUCAAUGGCCGAUCGUCACAAAAGACUUAUUGAACUAUCUGAACAUCGACUCAGAACUUCAAGUGGAGAAGAGAAAUUUCAAUACCAGGAUAGUUUUCUGGGAACUAUUUUAUAAACUCAAUGAAAAAGCGCAAAUAGGCUAUAAGGAAGAUUCUGAAUAAAUUCUUAAUGAUCAAAGUAAUUAGAUAUCUUUAUAAAUUGUGUGCUUACUCGUACUUUUCCUAGGCUGGUGUAUAUUAUAAAACGUAUUUAUUAAUAAAAUUAAUUAGACACA